AUGGCUUUGGCAUGUCUUGGCAACUUCAUCCUGAACUUUGCGUGCGUGGUGUUUCUCUUGGUGCGGCUGAAGCUGGUGCUGCCCCUGCUGAACUCCUGCCUCUCACCCUGGCGGCGCUGGCGUGGGUAUAAGGGCGAUGCCCACCUCGAGGCGAACGGCUUGGAGAUUGCUCUGAACAUGUGCUUCGUGAUGGAGGAAAACUUGACGCAGCGGAUCCGCGGUGGCAUGGCCAUGUUCUUGGCCAUGAACGCGCUGCUGCUGACCACGUACCUGCCCUGGGCUCCCUGGAUGUGCUUGGGCGCCUUCGGCUGGGACGUGGCGUCUUUGCUGCUGUCCCCAAAGCAGCCGGAGGGCGACUUCCUGUGGCGCCAGGAUCGGCACGGCAUGGUCUAUGGCAUGCAGGGUGGCCACUGCGGCAAGCACAUGCUCUUCACCGGCGGCAUCUCUUUGUCUUGCUACACCUGCGGCGUCCUGCAGUUUAUCUUCGACCGUUUUGGCACUGAAGGCUUUGAGGACACCGACUUUUCCGGGGCCUCGAGCGGAAGUUGGGCAGCUUUAACUGGUCUUCUUGCGACCCAUGGAGCUGGCAACAUGCAGCAGGUCUACAAGCAGAGCGUGGUGUCGGCGGUGGCCUUGGUGCACCUCUUCCCCUUUCCCUUCUCCAUGCUUCUGCCCGGCUGCCAGGCCGUUGAGACCUUCUCCACCGUCAGCAUCGAGCUGGCUAGGAUCCAGGCGCCCAAGGCGUACCGUGCCAUCACCGAGGAGGGGAAGCUGGUAAUUUGGUUGUUCGCCUUCAGCCUACGCCGCAGCUUCAGCCGCUGCUACCGACUCGCUUUGCGACGGGGCCCGGACUUUGAAAGCGCCAGGCGCCUAGGAGCGCUGAUGGCGGCCACCAGCGUCUUCCCCUACUUCACCUCCCCGCGGCUCUGCAGCCCCCUGCAGUGUUUGCCCGCGGUCAUGGACGGCUGGUUCCCGGGCAAAGGCUCCGGCAUGCUGCCCGUGCCGGACAUGACCGUGCCCUGCGUGGGCAACACCCUGCUCUUCGACGUGAGCGGAGGCAUGCAGCAGGCACACGCAGGUGACAAAAGGAUCCACGUGCUGGACAUCAGGUCCUGGGAAGACUUUUCGGUGCGGGACUUGACCGCGUGCAGCCCAGAGGCCGUGGAGGAGCUCUUCCUGCGGGGAGUGUUGGGCGGUGCCCGCCACGUCGAAGAGAUCGACGCAGCCGUGAAGGCUUGUGAAGAAGCCUGGGACGCUUCUUACAAGGGCAUCACAGCCUGCAGGACAUGCAUGGCUUCUACGGAUCCCAAGUUCAACGAAGAGGAGAGGCUGUUGGUUCUGAAGUUUCUGAUCAACUGGUCAAAGCGGAGGAAGCUCCUGGCGAAGCGCAAGGAUGAGUGCAUGGCCAUUUUGUGCCAGAACCAGGCAUGGGCGCAGACUGCGAGCAGCGACACUUUCAAGAAGUUCCUGGAAGAGCUGCCAGGAUGUAUCGAGGACAUGAAGAAGAUCGUCGCAACCGCAAGUUCGCCGCUAGUCGUGGCAGAUGCUCCUGCGAAGCAGAGGUCUGUCCCGCCGCAGUUGGCGGCGAAAGCGGAGGAACAGCUCCGUGAGGCCUUGACAAUCAUCCACAGCAUUGGCAACGUCUUUCCUCGAGAUGGGCGAAGCGAAAAUAAGAUGGACAAAGGGACCCAGGCCUUCAAGCUCGUGCAGAGUGCGAAGACCUCCUUGGCGGAGUGGCAAAGGAAGGACUAUGAUACGGACCCAAUUGUCGCAAGGCUCGACCCAGAAAGCUGGGAAUCCAUCCUCCGAUUCCUGGUGAGCAUGCACAGUUCCGGCAUCCGGCGCCCGUAUUCAGAGCCCAUCAAAGAGGUGGUGGAUGCGCUUGGCACACUUUCGGAGCCCUUCAGGAGAGCCGUGGAGUCCACCAGCUUGCCGUGGAGCGAGACACCCGGGAGAGUGGAUCUCCCAAGUGACGCCGGCCAUGGCGACGUCCUUGCAAGCAAGAUCCAUGCCGACGACGCGGACCUAAGCGGGACCAUCCAUGAACCGGACCAGCUUGCCAAGGACUUCACCAUCGCCUUUGACCUGCAAUCCUCGGAAUUCAAAACCAGCUCCUUGCCAGGCCAGCCAGAGCGGCGCUUGAGCUCGCUGAUGAGGAGGCUUGACCGCUGA